ACCAUAGUAACGUCUAAACAAAGAAUGGCGGCUAUGAGCUGGUUUAUCCGAUGUUGCGUCUAUAGGCUUAUAUUUUUUCAGUUUGAUGGAGUCACCUCCGACGAAAACAACUCGAUUGUGGCAGAUAUUCACACCCGGAAUGUAAUCCCCGACGAGUCUCUGCAAAAUUCAGUGUUUGCGUUGGCGAAGGCCUCUGAGUCUUCCAUGUCAAUUGCCGAAAAUACAAAUCAACAACUUUUCAAUAUUGAACCUUUGCCUGCAUCUGGCAUUCUACCAAGCUACGUGAAUGAUGUUGGCAGCGUGUGCUCCUGUGACAAGCACAGGGGUUUCUGUGACGUGAACUGCUGCUGCGACAGAGAGUGCAUUCAGGAUGUCGCUCUGUUCACUGGUUGCUCAAUGACCACCAUCAGUGGAAACAAACAGUUGUGCAGCCAUGCAACUGCCUCAUAUGCUUUGCAGUUUACUGUCGAGGGCUACUCAGAGCUGCAGUCCUUUGUCCAGCAGGAUGCACAUCAACACAGUUUCUGCAUCCAGUCAUUUUCUCGUGUUGAUGGAUUUUAUUUUCCUGCCCCUACUCUUCCACUGGCUGGAACCUUUGACUCGCUCUUCAAACAGUUUAAGAGGUUUGAUUUCAGCUCACAGGAGAAUGAUAGGGCUACAGACGUCCCUGCUGUGCUCCACAAAUAUUAUCAGUAUGGUGAUCCAAUCAUUUCCGCUACAGUACAAGGAAAAAGAGGAAUCUUUUCCCUGCCAACUUCCAGUGUUUCUUUUGACUGUGUUGACGAGAGUCCUGCAGCUUUCUUAGUGGACAGAACAAGUCUUUGUUCCCGGCGUGUAGAUCUAAAAGAUGACUGCAGCUUUCUACCUGCCCUAAGCAUAGAUACCUACACCAACAUCAAGCUCUAUGCUGCGAAUACCGAAGGUGCAACAAUUAUUCCAGUGAUGACAGCUUCGGUCAUGUUGCAGUCUUUAGAGGGCACUCUAAGUAAAGUCAGGGUCAGUGAAGCGGCAAACCUGAGGCCACAUUUCAUUAAUCAAAAUGUUUGCACCAACGUUGUCUUGAAGGUUUCAUAUUUGGUGAAGUACAACACAACAGGCCAAAUAGUGAAUGCCGAAGUGGAGCUGCUGCUUGGGAACUUUCAUUUAACGCCACUUUCCCUGCAGCAAGAGUAUGGGAUCAAAUUUAUUCAGGAUUCAAUAGACAAUAUACCAGUACGUAAAAGUGGAAAUCCAGGUUAUGCUGUUGGACUUCCUAUUUUGUCUGGACAAGCAAUUGCUGAAGGAAUGCUGCUGAACAGCAACCCAGGUGACAGACUCUCUCUUCUCCAGAGUUCUGCUAACCACAACUGCAUGAACAGCCCUCAUCAGCGCUCUCCGGUCUUGUUUGGUGUAGAAUCAAUGUCUGGCUGCACAUUAAGACUGGAGGAUACAACCAACUGCUCUCUUGUUUCCCAAAUAAUUCUUGAUGUUCUGCAAGGACAAACCUAUCCACAAUAUGUUGCUAAAUUUGGAAACUCUGCAUUGGAAAAUUCCCUAGAGUGGUUGACCAUCAAGCAUGCUAAUAAUAAUAAGGGUACACAGAUUUGCAGUAUCCCAUUGUCACUUGAUUUAAAGAUUAAAUGGACCAAAUAUGGACUCCUGUGGAAUCCCCAAAUUCAGAUUGUAAGCAUCGAGCAAGUAAUCCUGACCAAUACCACCAGUUUGGCGAAUUUCAUCAGAGGGAGUGAUGCGAUUUCAAUUCGGAGUUCAGUGAGCUUCAGAGAAAUUUCUGCUGCUGCUCUUCCUGGUUACAGAGCUAUACCGACCAUCAAUGCCAAGCUGCCCGUUGACUUUUUUUUUCCAUUUGUUUGAUUCAGCUUGUAAGACUGUCAACUCACCAAAAUGAUGACUUUCACUACAAUUACAGUAUAGUUGAAAAUAAUAGCAUCUCUAACCGGAUUUUCUUUUUACUUUUUUUUUAUUGCUACAUGGAACACAAGUUACUGGUAGGUGCGGUAGAUUCUCAGAAAACCAAAAAGACCUAGCAUUCAUCAUACACACACACACACACACACACACACACACACUUAUGGCUCUGCAAUUAGGCAAUUAUUGUAGUUGAAAGAGGUGUGUUAAAAAAAAACAAUGUCUGCUGUUGACAAACUUAAAAGUAUUUUGUACAAUGAGAGAGACUUCGCAGUACCAUGCAUAGUAUGAAGUAGUGCUGCAACGAUUAACUCGAGUAAUUCGAUAAGGAAAAAAAGCGUCAAAUCAGAUUUUGUUGUUUUGAAGAUUUGUUUAAUUAGAGUGACGUUGUAAUGGUUUGUUUUGAAAGUGUUUGCAUCAUAGACUUCAUAAUGUAUUGACGGGACAGGGGGCACGGGGCCGAUUUAUAGGGGGCCUAUCUCUGUGUUUCCACUUGGUCAGCAUUGACGAAGAGCUUUUUGCGUUGAAAAUUCUUGUGAAAUUUCUUAAAUCCUGGAAUUCUUUAUAGGUAUGGAGGUAAAACAGUCCCAAUUCCUGGUUAAAAGAAAAAAAAAAAAAAAAAAAACGUGCAGUUAGCAUUUAUUUUACGUAAAUAUUGCGAACCAUGAUGCUAGUCAGUACGCAAAUUAGCAGCCGCCAUAUGUAAAAUAAGAGCUUUUCCUGUUGAAAAUUCUUAUGAAUAAAUGCCUAAAUCCCUGAAUUCUUCCUAGAUAUGGAGGUAAAACCGUCUCAAUUCUUGGUUAGAAGAAGCAACAACAACAAAAAAGUUAGCAGUUAGCAUUUAUUUGACGUAAAUAUGUCGAAUGUGCUGCUAGUCACUGUGGCAGCCCCUUAGUACAACAGAGAGCUUUUUGCGUUGAAAACUAUUGUGAAUAAAUGCUUAAAUCCCUGAAUUCUUUAUAGAGAUAGACAUAAAACAGUCUCGAUUCUUGGUUGAAAGCAAAAAAUUGGGCAGUUAGCAGUUAUUUUAUGUAAAUAUUGCGAAGUAUAAUACCAAUGCUGUAGCGGCUAAUUUCUCCUUUUGGUUUUUUUCACGUUUCAAAAUGCAUGCAUGGUACGCAAAAAAAAAAAAUAUAUAUAUAUAUAUAUAUAUAUAUAUAUAUAUAUAUAUAUAUACUGUAUAUAUACAUAUAAUCCUCGAACAAAUCACUCCAGAGACAAUCCUUCCUGUUUCUAUGCAGUACAGCUUUCCAACUUUUUCGACCUAAAUCCUGCGUUAGAUUGCUACGUGCGUGUGUUUGAGAAUAACUCCUCUUGAUGUGGGCAGGCCCCCUACUUGAAGGCGUGGCGCAGUGUAUGACGGUUGUGACCCGUCAAUAUAAUAAUGAAGUCUAUGGUAUCGUUUCGUAAUUCAAAGGAAAAACAUAUUGUAUAAAAUAGUUUUGAGUUUGUAAGGUCAACGACAGACACUAUUUCAACACACCCCAUUUAAAUGAUUGCCCAAUUGCACAGCCUUAAGCGUGUGUAUAUGCUAAAUACGUGAUCUUGUUUUUUUUUGACAAUCUACUGCACCUACUGUAACUUGUAGCAAAAUAUAUAUAUACUAAAAACCUGGAAUUAUCUGGUUAGUCACAUUGAACUGCUAUUAUUUUGAACAAUACUGCAGGUAGUAAAGUUAAAAUAUAUUGAUAACAAAAAUAUAUUGAUAACAAAAUGUGAACUCAAAGAUGAGGUCAAACAAAGGUCAAAUGAUGCAUAUAUUAAUAUUAGGGGGUGUCCCGAUCACAUAUUUUUGACCCGAGUCCGAGUCACCUGAUUUUGAAUAUCUGCUGAUAGACCCGAGCCGAUAUCUUUUUUUUAAUUGAACUAAAGUUUCAAACAUGUUAAAGUAUUGUACUUUUCACAGUACUUCCUUUUCCGCUGUUGCAGAGUAUAAAACGUAAUUAUUUUGUAUCUUUUUGCAAUUCCAGUGUAUUUCUAGAUUAUUGUUACUUUUUAAUCCUUAAAAAGUAAAAAAAAAAAAAAAUUGGGCGUGAAUGAUGUAAACGAUGAUGGGCAUAUUUGAUCAUAUCGAUCAUCGUUAAUUUUGUUACCAAUCACCAGCUGGUGACCAAAAACAAGUUUGGUCGCACUGCUGAGCUAGCAUGACGGAGGUGAGAGGCUGUACGAGCAUGAAGCAAAAAAUCAAAUAUAUUUUUUUAAUUCAAAACCCGAUCCUUUUCACCUGAUUCCGAUCCUCUGAAAAAAUACACAAUUGGCUCAAUUUCCGAUCACUUGAUCGGAUCGGGACAUCCCUAAUUAAUAUAUCCUGACCCCCUCCCCCCUCCAAAAAAAAAAAAAAGAAAAAAAAUGAUGAUACAAACUCACAUCGAAAUUCAUAAAUCAGAAGUCUAUGCCAUGACUCUUGAGAAGUCCCUGAAGUUUCUGGUUGUCUUGUUGCUAGGACAGAUGAUAACAAGCAAACAAGUUAAUUUUUAUUUUGAGAUAUCCGAUACCAAUGCAUUUCUACUAAUGUCUUCAUUACGACAUACAUUGGAUGCAUCUUGGCUUCUUUUUCUUUUUACUCAAAUUGGCUAAAUAAUUCCUAAUAACUACAUAUUGCAAUGUGAGUUUGUUGCUGGCAGACUGUUAAAAGCUUUGAACUGCAGAGCUUAGGUUUACAAUUUUGUACUUAGUACCAUUGUUCUUACAUAGGUACAAACAUACAUACUGUACAUUAGGCUUUGUAGAUUUUUUUGUGUUUGACUAAAAUGUGGUUGAAAUUCAACUUGACGUCGACUAAUCAGGGAGGUCACGUUGAAUUUUUAUUACUUUUUUUCUCCUUUUCAACUUCCAUCCAUCCAUCCAUUAUCUUCCGCUUAGUCCGGGGUCGGGUCGUGGGGGCAGCAGCUUUAGCAGGGAAGCCCAGACUUCCCUCUACCCAGCCACUUCAGCCAGCUCCUCAGGCGGAAUUCCAAGGCGUUCCCAGGCCAGCCGAGUGACAUAGUCUCUCCAGCGUGUCCUGGGUCGACCCCGGGGCCUCCCACCGGUGGGACAUGCCCGGAACACCUCUCCAGGGAGGCGUCCAGGAGGCAUCCGAACCAGAUGCCCGAGCCACCUAAACUGGCUCCUCUCAACGCGGAGGAGGAGCGGCUCGACACAAAGCCCCUCCCGGAUGACCGGGCUUCUCACCCUAUCUCUAAGGGAGAGCCCAGACACCCUGCUAAGGAAACUCAUUUCGGCCACUUGUAGCCGGGAUCUUGUUCUUUCGGUCACGAACCACAGCUCGUGACCAUAGGUGAGGGUAGGAACGUAGAUCGACCGGUAAAUCGAGGGCUUCGCCUUUUAGCUCAGCUCCUUCUUCACUACAACAGACCGGUGCAGAGUCCGCAUCACUGCAGACGCUGCACCGAUCCGCCUGUCAAUCUCCCGCUCCCUCCUACCCUCACUCGUGAACAAGACCCCAAGAUACUUGAACUCCUCCACUUGGGGCAGGAUCUCAUCCCCGACCCGGAGAGGACAUGCCACCCUUUUCCGGCUGAGGACCAUGGUCUCGAAUUUGGAGGUGCUAAUCUUCAUCCCAACCGCUUCACACUCGGCUGCGAACCGCCCCUGUGAGAGUUGGAGGUCAUGGCUUGAUGAAGCCAACAGCACCACAUCAUCUGCAAAAAGCAGAGAUGCAAUGCUGAGGCCACCAAACCGGGCACCCUCAACGCUUCAGCUGCGGCUAGAAAUUCUGUCCAUAAAAAUUAUGAACAGAAUCGGUGACAAAGUGCAGCCUUGGCGGAGUCCAAUCCUCACUGGGAAUGAAUUCGACUUACUGCCGGCAAUGCAGACCAGACUCUGACACCGGUUGUACAGGGACCGAACAGCCCUUACCAAGGGGCUCCGUACUCCCGGAACACCCUCCACAGGACUCCCUUAGGCACACGGUCGCACGCCUUCUCCAAAUCCACAAAACACAUGUAGACUGGUUGGGCGAACUCCCAUGCACCCUCGAGGACCCUGCCGAGGGUGUAGAGCUGGUCCACUAUUCCACGGCCGAGACGAAAACCACACUACUCCAGCACCCCUGAAUAGACUUUACCGGGGAGGCUGAGGAGUGUGAUCCCUCUAUAAUUGGAACACACCCUCCGAUCCCCCUUUUUAAAAAGGGGGACCACCACCACAGUCUGCCAUUCCAGAGGCACUGUCCCCAAUGUCUACGCGAUGUUGUAGAGGCGUGUCAGCCAUGACAGUCCCACAGCAUCCAGAGCCUUUACGAACUCCGGGCGGAUCUCAUCAACCCCCGGGGCCUUGCCACCGAGGAGCUUUCCAACAACCUCAGUGACUUCAACCCCAGAGAUUGGACAGGCACCAACUACCUUACGGCUACAGCUCCGAUCGGCCGCCUCAACAAUGGAGGUGCGGAACAUGGCCCACUCGGACUCAAUGUCCCCCACCUCCCCCAGGACAAGGGAGAAGUUCUGCCGGAGGUGGGUGUUGAAACGCUUUCUGACAGGGGAUUCUGCUAGACGUUCCCAGCAGACCCUCACAAUACGUUUGGGCCUGCCAGGUCUGGCCAGCAUCUUACCCCGCCAUCGGAGCCAACACACCACCAGGUGGUGAUCAGUUGACAGCUCUCUUCACCCGCGUGUCCAAAACAUGCGGCCGCAAGUCCGAUGACACGAUUGCAAAGUCGAUCAUCGAACUGCGGCCUAAGGUGUCCUGAUGCCAAGUGCACAUAUGGACACCCCUAUGUUUGAACAUGGUGUUCGUUAUGGACAAACCGUGACGAGCACAGAAGUCCAAUAACAGAACACCACUCGGGUUCUGAUCGGGGGGGGGGGCCGUUCCUCCAUAUCUCGCCCCUCUAGGUCCCAGUGUCAUUGCCCACGUGAGCGUUGAAGUCCCCCAGAAGAACGAGGGAGUCCCCAGAGGGGCUACUCUCCAGCACACCCUCCAAGGACUCCAAAAAGGGUGGGUAUUCUGAGCUGCUGUUCGAUGCAUAAGCGCAAACAACAGUCAGAACCCGUCCCCCUACCCGAAGGCGGAGGGAGGCUACCCUCUUGUCUACCGGGGUAAACACCAACGUACAGGCGGCAAGCCGGGGGGCAAUAAGUAUGCCCACACCGGCUCGGUGCCUCUCACUGUGGGCAACUCCAGAGUGGAAGAGAGUCCAACCCCUCUCGAGAGGAUUGGGAUUGGAUUGUCAGGGGUUUAAAGCCCCAGACAACAUAGCUCCUAGGAUCAUUGGGACACGCAAACCCCUCCACCACGAUAAGGUGGACUGCAUAUCCAAUCAGAUUUUGACUCAUUCAGGGGCUUGCAGACAAUCAAGACUUUCAAAACUGCCAAGGUAAAUUGGGAAAUUCAGAUAUGGCCUGGUCCCAACUGGGUCCAGUACUUUGAUUUUGAAAACAAUCACAGGAGGAGGAAUGCUUUGAAAUAUAUUUACUAAUGAUUUGCAGUAUUUAUGCAGAACAGGUAACGCAGCUCCCUGAUUAGAAGCCCUAGGCGAAAGUUACAAUAUGUAUUUUUUAAAUAUUGUAUAAUUGUAAGUAUUGUAUUAUAUUGUAUUGUACAUUGUUGUGAUUUUUCUUUGAAUGAAAAUAUUUUUUGGGAUUAAAUGAUUCAGACACAAAUGUCCUACCCAUAAUAUGGCCAAAACAAAAAAAGAUUGCUUCAAUAAAGUCAAUCAAAGAAAACAUUUUCAAUUAAAAUAAGUGUUCCAAUGCAAAAUGUUGAGUCUCAAAUAUAUAUUUUUUUGCGUUCAAAAUUUUUUUUUCAAUGAUUUAAAAAAUAGUUGUUGAUUGAAGUGUUUUUUUAAUACAUUUUUUUUGUUUGAAGUAACUAUUUUUUAAAUUAAAUUAUAAGACAGAAAUGUAAAAUGUUGCCCAAACACAAAAAAACAUCAAUCAAAAAAGUGUUUUCAAUUUAAAAAACAUCUAUAAUCCAUGAAAAGUACUGUUCAAAUGCCUCAAAUUUACACUUUUUUCUUUGAUUUUUUUUUUCUUUUCAAAUUGAAAAUAUAUAUUUUUGAUUGAAGCAAUUUUUUAAAUUAAAUAAUAAAGACACAAAUCUACCUCCCUACUGUUAAGGCCAUACAUAAUUUGGAAUCUUUAGCACAACAUAAAGGUGAGCUAAUGGGAAUGAUAACGGAGUUCAUAUAUGUUUGUAUGUAUUUUUUCAUUAUUACUGUAUUUUCAUUGUCUCAUUCCCAGUAAAUUGCCUGGCUACCUCAGUUAAAGCAAAACAAAUGACCUAUUUUGUCCAUUAACUGUUUUAAAAUGACAAAUAUCUUUAAUAUGGAACAAUUGGGUAAAUAAAUAAGUGAAAUUUACAUUUUGACGGUGCGUGUAUUCUUCAUCAGAUUAUGCAAUUCAGGAAGAGAUAGCCAUACUGUUCAGCGCCAUUAAGUGUUGUCAUCAAGGACCAGAAAAUUUGAUGCAACAUCAAUCAAAUAGUGAAAUGCCAGCAUACACCAGGCACAGAAACUCAUUUCAUAUUUUUAUAUUCCCCAUUCAAAUAAUCAUAGCAGCUACUUUGAUAUCCUGGUUGUAUCAAAUUGUUUGGUGCGUUGCCCUACAAACAGUCUUUUGUCACCUCAAAAAACAGGGCAAUGGACUGACUGCAGUCCAGGAAUUGGCGAGUCAUCAUUGGCGAACAAAAAUCUAAAAUUUAACUCUGUAUUUGGUGUCUCCUUGUUUAAACAUUUUGGAUGACGUUUGUCUACCUGUGAGUAGGCGGCACCAUAUUUUAUUUAUGCCUCACUGUUAAAAAAAUAAGGAUUAAAUGGUACUGAAAAAAAAUGGAAAAUUGUUCUUGAAAGUCCUUGAAAAGAGGAAUUUGGAUAUGAAAAAGUGUAUGAAUCCUGCAUUACAUUGUCACUUAUGCACAUAAAAAAAAGCAGUUUCUCUGUAGCGAGCAUGGAGGUGGGGCACAAUGGGGAGCGCCUGGUGGCGCCCGCACCCAUGGCAUCCGGCCGGGCACAGCCUGAAGAGGUAGAGUGGGUUCUCCUUCCCAUGGGCUCACCACCUGCGGGAGGGGCCAAGGAGGUCGGGUGCGCAGGCAGCUGGGUGGCAGCCAAAGGAGGGGUCCUUGGCGAUCCGAUCCCCGGCUGCAGAAGCUGGCUUUUGGGAUGUGGAAUGUCACCUCUCUGGUCGGGAAGGAGCCCGAGCUUUUGCGUGAGGUUGAGAAGUUCCGACUCUAUGUACUCAGGGCCGGAUUAUGGGGGGUUUGGGCCCCAGGGCCAGGAGUUUUCAAGGCCCCCCCCGAUCAGAACCAUAGUGGUGUUUUAUUGUUGCAUUGUCAAUAAUGAACACCAUGUUCAAGCAUAGGGGUGUCCAUAUGUGCUCUUGUCACCAGGACAUCUUAGGGCGUAGUUUUUUUUUUUCUUCUUCUUAACCUGUCCUGUUCAGCUGCCUCACACAUAGAAUGGAAAUCUGAGUGUCCGAUUAGUCGGAACAGUUUUAAUGUAUCACAUGGGAGUAUGACAUACUCCCAUUGUGAUCAUUGAACGUGCCUCGUUUAUUAGGAGAAAGCAGUGAAUGUGAAGGGUUUAUGGGGGACAGAAAAAAAGAGAAUAAGAGAGAGAGCGAAGAAGCACAAACAACAACAAGAAAUACAUUGAACGCCUACACUAACUAUGAAUAUGUUGAUGCCAUCGUUAGCUAGCUGUAUUUCCAGUUGACACCCUGUGGGGGGGCCACAGCACCAGCAAGAGGUCCACCAUCAUCCCCCCAGGAUCCAGGGUAGUCCCCUGGGCCAUCCACGCCCCCAUCGACCAGCUUUCAGGGAUGGCCCUAGGCCAUACUUUGAUGAUUGACUUUGUACUCACGUCAUCAGACUUGCAGACCCAUAUCUUGGACACUCAGGUAAAGAGCUGUCAAUUCAUCACCACCUGUGGGGGAAAAUGACAGUCCGGCCCGGCAGACACAAACGUUUUUUGAAGGUUUGCUGGGAACGCCUGGGGGAAUCCCCUGACCGGGGGAGUUUUAACUCCCAUCUCCGGCACAGCUUCGCCCAUGUCCAGGGAGACGCAUAGACCAAGUUUCGCGGCUCUAUUGCCGAGGCGGCCGACCGUAACUGCGGCCGCAAGGUGGUCAGUGCCUGUCGUGACGGCAAUACCAUAAUCCGCUGGUGGACACCAGCGGUGAGGGAUGCCGUCAAGCUGAAGAAGGAGUCCUGCCACAUCUUUCUGGGGUGCAGGACUCCUGAGGCAGCUGAUAGGUACCGGUUGGCAAAGCAGCAUGCGGCUCGGGUGGUCACUGAAGCAAAAACCCAGGCAUGAGAGGAGUUAAGUGAGGCCAUGGAGAAUUAUUUCCCAAUGGCUUCAAAGAAAUUUUAGUCCACCCUCCAGCGUCUCAGGAGGGGAAAGCAGUGCACCACUAACACGGUGUAUAGUGUGGAUGGGGCGCUGCUGACCUCAACCUGGGAUGUUAUGAGUCGGUGGGCCAAAUACUUUGGGGGGUUGGAUGAGAUCUGCUCAGAGUUCCUAAAGGCUCUGGAUGUUGUGGGGUUGUCUUGGUUGACACGCCUCUGCAACAUCGCGUCGACAUCGGGGGCAGUGCCUCUAGAGGGGUUUUAAUAUUAAAUUAUUAUAACUCAAACUAACAUUUAUCUUUUAAGAACUACAAGUCUUUAUGUCCGUGGAGCUCUUUAAAGCCUUAAAUUUAAAUGAUUGAAUUUAAGAUUUUUUAAGAACCGCGGAUACCCUGGUUUAAUGUGAGGUUCCGCGCCCGCGGCAGUGAUUAGAGCAAGACAGAGUUAACUACUGAAACUGCUGCUGUUAGGUUGUUGAAUCAAUAAUAUUACAAAAUGUCGUGAGUUAGAUUGUCUCUUGUGUUGUUAGAUCCAGUAUGCCGCCGUCGUAUGUGAGUAAAUGAAGCCAAUUGUAUUGUUUGUAUUCUUUGUUGAUGAGACGUAACUACUUAGCACAGAGCGCUAAGCUAGUUAGCGAUGAUGCUAAUUAGUGUCUUAUGUGUCCAUUUCUAUUGUGUUUUGGACAAUCACUUAAGGACUUGAGUUAUUGUUGGAUAGUAAAGUUGUCUCGUUUCUUUUUAUAAAGAAACCACACACACAAAUCCAAUCAUAGAACAGCUCUCCUUUCAGCUCAAGUUGUAAAUUGUCAUAAGAAAAUUGAUUCUCUCCUCCUCUUAAUUAUUUUUAUUUGUGUUGUUUAGUUUGUUUAAAGAAGAUAAAUGAGUCAUUGACACAAUUCAUAUCAGCGCUUUGCCCACAAAAAAAAAAAAAAAAAAAGUCAAUCAGCUGCACUUUUUUUAUUUGAAUGAACAGGACUUUUGUCCGAUUUGUGUACUGAUAUUAUUUAGUUUUAUACUCAGAAUCUUUAAAAACAUUACAAAAUUACUUGUAAUAUGCCUAUAACAACUUCAAGUUCAGUUGGGAAGGUAAUUGAAAAAAGCGACAUUUACCUGAUUCAUCUAUUUAUCGUUUAAGUAAUCGGCCGAUGAAUCGAUUGUAAAAAUAAUUGUUAGUUGCAGCCCUGAAAGUAAGCAAUGCAUACUUACUAGUUUAUCAAUUUGCUGUUGCAGUUCUGUGACUCUUUGUACGAGAUGGUCAUAGCUCCCCUUCAGCUUGUGCAUCUUCUGUUCAGCACGGGUUUUUACUGACACUAGAAUACCUGCAAGAAAUUCAAUUAAACUAAAUACACCAGAUGCUAAGAUGUCUUUUAACAUGAUAAACCAUGUUCUUACAUUCAGCAACAAUUGGGUUUAGUUUUUUUACCCACCAUUGAUGAUUCUUGCCACCCUCCAGAGACGCAGGAGAAUGAGUAGACCCAUUCCAUCAAAUACGUCCUCAUGGAAGAGGUAUACGAUGUCCAGCACAAAAGAAAGUAUCACCACCAAAGCAUCAAAGACCUCAAAUUUAUGCUGGAAGAACUCAAGGCGAUAGGCAAACAGUUUGCCACCGAUCUCCAACAUGAAGAAUGUGAGAAGUGCCAGGCUUAGGUAGUGAAACACCUGCCAAGUCAAUCAUUCGUUACCAUAAAUAUUGUCAGUUUGGUAGUAGAGCUUACAUUCAGUGAGAAAAAAAAAUAUUUGAUCCAACUGCUCAUUUUGUGAUUUGGUCUACUUAGAUUAAAAUAAAUGAAAUGUCUAUUCUUGUGGUCUAAAAGGGAAUUGUAUUUUUGCUAACAUGUUAAUAAUUCCAGACAUGCCUGCUUCUAUUACUUUAGAACGUCAUAAAGACAUAGGUGGAGUUUGACUUUCGGGCCGGGGAGCACAACAUGUUGAUGACGCAGUGUCAGCAAUAAAAUUAACUUACAAGAAUAUGUAUAAUAAUAAGUUUUAAAUGAACGUUUUUUUUGUUUCCCAUCAUUCUUGGGGUGAAUUCGAAAUCAGGCUGCUCAGGUAAUACUUUUUGCCAAGAUCGUCAUCCAUUGAAAAUGGUACACCCGCCGGUGUCGUGCCAAUGUAGUUACCCCAGUCAAAAAUUGUAUCCCCUGGAAGGAGCCACAUGGAGGUAGAUUUGUGUCUUCAUUAUUCCAUCAAAAAAAUGUGUUUGAAUGGAAAAAUAAAUUUGAAACAAAAAAAUGCAUUUGAAAGCUAUUUUUCUUUGAUUUUUUUGUUUUGACUGAAGUCCUUUUUUAUUUAUUUUUUUUAAUUCUUUUUUGAUUCAAGUAGUUGUUUUGCAUUUGGGCCACAUUUUGGCUAGGACAUGUGUGUCUUUAUUAUUCAAUCAAAAAAUAAGUUGCUUCAAACAAAAAAAUAUUUAUUUUCAAACGAAAAAUCAUUUCCAAAAAAAAAAAAUUCAAUUAUAGAAAAAAGUUUUUGGAAGCGAAAAAAUAUUUGAGACUCAAAUAUUUGUAUUUGAACACGAACUGUAAUUUUUAAUUUAAAAAGUUUUCUUUGAUUUCAGCAAUCCUUUUUGUUUUUGGGCCAUACUGUAUUAUGGGUAGGACAUUUGUGUCUAAAUCAUUCAAUCCCCCAAAAAAUAAUUGUCAAACAAAGAAAAACAUUUGAAAAAUAAAAUUGCCCCCCCAAUUUUUUUUUUUUUCAAACAAUAUGCAAAGCAAAUUACCGUUUAAGGUGCUAGUCACAUGAUCUGUUCGAAAAAUAAUUUUGACCCAUUAUGAAAAUCUUUUUUUUGUUCAUUUCAUUCAUUUUUGUGGUUUGCUCUAAUGAUUUACAAUUUUUAUACAUAUAUAGGAAAGUCAAUUACAUGCAAUGACACUUUUCGGCCACCAGGGGGACUCCGCUUAUGCAUAAAGAUAUUAAAACCAUAGUGUACCAAACAAUAAAAGACAUUUAAAAGAUAAGUGCAUGAAAGGAAUGUUUGCGUGGGCGUACAAAAGGGCCCCUGUAUCAGUGAGUGAGUGAGUGAUACGCAGCCUGGUGACGAUGACCCACAGCAGAGACGAUCAGAGGUGGGUAGUAAUGCAUAACAUUUACUCCGUUACAUUUACUUGA